AUGGACAUGGAUUCACUGUCCAUCUUCGACAGCAUCCUCAGCCAGUCGCCUGCCGUGCUUCUCCUCCGCUGCAGCCAUGGAUUCCGACCAUACUUCCAUGGAUGUCCAGGGUUUCUGAAUCAUGUAGGAGGUCGCGGCGGCGAUCUUCCUUCUUGGCAGCGGCGGGCGGCUUCAUACCAGCGUACAGUCAGUCAUGAAAUCCAAUCUCCGAUUUCACCAUCAAGAUUCUGGAAUGCGAUUGUGAAGGACUCCCACAACCUCAUGCCCAAACUUAUGCCCGAAAUCAUAACAAGCAUUGUUAUCCUUGAAGGUGAUGGUGGGGUCGGAACUAUCAGACAAUCCAACUUCACCGAUGCUAUCAAGGACUUCAGUUAUUGGAAGGACCGCAUAGAUGACAUCGACAAUGAUAAGCACUUAUUCAAGUACUCAGUGAUUGAGGGUGGCCUGCUUGGUAAGAAAGUGAAGUCGACUACAUUUACUCUAGAAUUCAAAGGUGGCAUUGAGGGCGGGAGCUUAUGCAAGUUCCAUGGGGAGUUUGAGAUAGUUGAAGGAAGCGUGCCGAAAGAAGACGAAACAAAGGAGAUGAGGGGAAACAUGGUAGGAAUGUUUAAGGCUGUGGAAGGAUAUCUUGUUGCAAAUCCAAAUGCAUACAUUUAGCUUUGGGUUUUAUGUUAGGGAGGUUGUAAAGCCUUUCAUGAAUGAGUUUCAUUUACUUGAAUGUGUUUGCUUGGGAAUAGGA